AUGGCAUCUACCACGCGCGUCACUCACUGCGACCUCCGCCCGCCCAAACCGCCCUCACGUCCUCUCCUCGAUAAACCCGCUCCGGUUCAGCUUUCCAUCCCAAAACCCAAACUAACCGAACCAGAAGGCGCCGCCACAAACAUCGUUCUACAACCGCGGCUAUGCACCCUCAGAUCGUACGGUUCCGAUCCAAUCGCCGCCGUAAUCAAAUCUCGUAAACAAGAUACUCAAGUUACCGAUGACGUGUCAUCUUUCUUCGCCACGCUUUCAGAAUACAUUGAGAGCUCUAAGAAAAGCCAAGAUUUCGAAAUCAUCUCCGGUCGUCUCGCCAUGAUGGUGUUUGCGGCGACGGUUACGGUGGAGCUGGUCACCGGAAACUCCGUGUUCAGGAAAAUGGAUAUUGCAGGGAUAACGGAGGCCGGUGGAGUUUGUUUAGGCGCGGUUGCUUUCGCGGCUUUGUUUGCUUGGUUUUCAAGUGCGCGUAACAAAGUGGAUCGAAUCUUCACCGUUAGCUACAACUCCUUCAUCGAUUCGCUAAUUGAUCAAAUCGUUGACGGUUUAUUCUACGAUGAAAUCUGA